GCGACAUGUCGUCUCGCUUUAUACCCCACAACACGCUCAAUCUCGCUCUUUGUGCCCUCCUGGGAGCUUUCUGCGCGUUAUCAUACAGGAAAUACGCAUCGUAUAGCGCACCGCUUCGCGAGCCGGACGUCACUGUAGUGCUGCUCAACUGGGCGCGAUUCGCUAAUGUGCAAACGAUUGUUGCGGGGUUGUGCGGGCCGUCGCUGGACGAUGUCGUCAAGGAGAUCUUCGUGUGGAAUAAUAAUCCCAACCACACCGUUGAGGUAGAGGAAUUCGCGCCUUGUCCGGCCCGGAAGUUAAGAGUUUACAACUCCCCGGAGAACUUGUAUUUCCAAGCACGAUUCAUCGCUUGUUCAAAGGCUUCUACGGUCUUUUGUUUUAUCCAGGAUGACGACUACAUUGUCAAGCCAGAAAUCAUACGGGCUGUCAGCUCGCGCAUAGCUGACCAGGAUAUCUUUCUAAACCCUCCCGAGGAAAGGCUGUCAAGCCAAUGGCUCUCUAUCAUGUCACCACCUACAACCUUUGGCUUCUCUUGGCUGGGAUACGGGAGCAUGCUUCUGAGGCGCCACGCCGCGGCCUUUCUCCAGCUCAUGGACGAUCUGCAGAUGCCGGAUGAGGAACGGAAAAUGGCGGACAACUAUUACACGAUCCUGCGGAACCGGAUGCCGGAGAUAUGGGUUGGAAGCGCUCACCCUUUGACGAACGAGAGUGCCUUUACCGUCGGUGAAGAAGGCCAGGCCAGGAAUCGAGAUCACAUUAAUAGAGCGGUCAGAUAUCUGGACACCUUGGUGGCCAAUCGCACAGAGAGACCCUACUUCUCUUUGUCGUUCACGACACCAGAACCCCGCACACUCGUGCACACCCCCUGUCAAACCGGGACAUGCGUGGUUGAGACCACCAUCCGAUCGCUACCAGAAACGGUUUCCAAAUAUCCGCUCGCCCAGGACAUUUUCAAGCGCGAAGCCGAGCUCACGUCGUUGUCUGCUGCUGCCGGAUCCGACAUCUCGCCGUUCUCUCAAGCUGUGGAUUCUGACAUGGCCACUUUCUUCAGAAGCGCGGGGGAUGCUCGCGCGGGUGACUCGAUCCUACUGGAUAAUCUGGAUGUUGUUUCCACGAUGGUCGACUGGGUCUGGAUGGUCGAUCCAUCAACGGCCCUUGCCAUUCAGAGCACACCUUUGUCUGUAUCAAAAAAUGGAUUGGAAUGGACCACGACGCCCAUCACGCCAAAUUGUCUUGCUUCGGGCGCUGGGAUCGUGGAAUGCCAUUUCACAAGCGGGCUUCCUGCGAGAUAUCUCCGGAUAAAACUCAGCUCAAACUGGACUUCUCCCUGGUGUAUAUACGAGACUUGGCUCCAAAUAGCUACAUGAGAUAAUCGCGUGGACCGCGUUGCCUCACACGACGCACGUGAUCGUGCACCUCCGAUCAAUCACCCACUGGCUUGUCCCAAAACCACCAUGUCGGACGAGCUUCUAAAGCCGUUGCACGUCUCGUAUAUACAGAACCUGGGCAAGAGCACAGAUGACUUGAUGUACCAUCUCACCGCGCACUUGCGCUUGAGUGCCAUCUACUGGGGCCUUACCGCACUGUGUGUCCUAGGAAGUGAGGAUGCCCUAGAUAAGGAUGAGGUGAUCGAUUUUGUGAUGAGCUGCUGGGAUGAAUCAGCUGGCGGGUUCGGCGCUCACCCAAGGCACGACGCGCACAUCCACCCGACGCUGAGUGCGAUACAGAUCCUGGUCACGUACGACGCUCUCGACCGGCUGGACGUCGCGCGCGUCACGCACUUUAUCUUAUCUCUGCAGCAACCCUCCGGAGUGUUUGCUGGGGACUCGUUUGGGGAGAUAGAUACCCGCUUCUCGUACAUCGCCGUCAACGCGCUCUCCCUGCUCGGCACUAUCGAACAGUUGGACAAGGAGAAGACGGUGGAUUACAUCAAGCAGUGCCGAAACUUUGACGGCGGCUUCGGGAGCUCCAUUGGUGCAGAAAGCCACGCUGCUCAAGUGUUUGUGUGCGUUGCUGCUCUGACGAUAUUGGAUCGAUUAGACGAAGUGGACACUGAAACCUUGUCUUGGUGGAUGGCUGAGAGGCAGCUCCCCAACGGUGGUCUGAACGGCAGGCCUGAGAAACUAGAAGACGUGUGCUACAGUUUUUGGGUUCUGUCGGCCCUGGCUAUUCUAAAACGCGUCUCGUGGAUAGACGCAGACAAGCUCAUAUCAUUCAUCCUCUCGGCGCAGGACCACGAAUCCGGGGGAAUCGCCGAUCGGCCCGGCAACAUGGUGGAUGUCUUCCACACGCAAUUUGGCAUCGCCGGACUAUCGCUUCUGGGGUACCCUGGGCUGGUGGAUCUCGACCCUGUGUACUGCAUGCCUGCACAUAUCAUUGAGGCGAGGGGACUAAGGAAAGGCUGGAAGGGGCUGGACAGACGGACCGCCUGAGGGUUUAUUGACUCUCUCAGCAGAUUUGGCUCGGCAUAUCGAGGAUCAUUCUGGUGUGGCAGUCAACCAAUCUCAGGGUCGCUUCUCAGCGUGUCCACUUACUCCGCAAAGUAGCUAUUUGCCUACGUGAACAGAUCAGAUCUGGAAGAAUGCUUCCCAGUGGUCACACCAUACCCAUGCAAACCAAGAUCUCGUGUAAUCUGACUGGUCGUAGAUCGACUGCGACUCGUGGAUCAGACCGAGGCCAGCGGUGUUCUGACGAGAAUGAGAUCAACUGCAGUGGACCAUCUCCGGGGGUUGCCCACAUUCGCGAUCAGAUAAAGCAUCUCGGAUAUCUCUUGGUCGUCAUUGGUCCCGAAGAUACCGGAGAUCAGCGACAUGGGCCUGGAGGGCACACUCAUCAACGUCCAACACAGAAGCCCCGUUCAAUGCUUAACUGACCAAGGGUGCCAUGCGUCAGAAUGCGGACCGCUAUCAAAAGUCAGCUGCGGUAGAUCCGAUGUUGGUGGACGUACCCAAUGCCUGAGAAGUUGGAUCCGGAUGCAAAAUACGGAUUUUGCCGCGAUAGCAAGAAACGGCGUGUUGAUCUAUACGUAGGAUCGUGCUUGUCCACAAAUCCGAGAUAUGGUAAGGAAAGCAGCGACUUGGCACUAUUAGUUUAGUCAGCGCAUGAUCCAGUCCGCACCACCCACCGGCACAUUCGCAUCGUCCAUCAUGUAUACACUGCCCAGACCUAUCGGGCGUCAAGUCAGCAGAACAAGAAAGAGCCAAGCCCACUGGUACCGUUGCUUUCAUAAGCAAAUAUCCCGUCCAGGACCUAGCAUAUUAAACGAUCUAGUGUAUGACGAGAUCGGCAAACGCACUGUUUUCGACCAGAUCGAAUCUCGUAUUCGCCCUGCGACGAGUUUCGCAGUGGAGCUGAGGUCCGGUCGAAGUGCGACUGAGUCUAACAUGUGGGCCAAGCCGUCCAGCUCGACGCUCAGCAUCGCAUUGGCGGGUGUUAGAAACGCUAGCAGAUGGUCGUCGCUGGGACGAUGGUGCGUGCCAACCAUACCUAAUAGGAUGAGACGCAGGGACGAGAGUGAGAGUUCCUGCACGAGACGCACCGGUGUAGCCCUUGGGCUCGCCGUUGCCCCCGUUGGGAACGCGGGGAGAGAGUGAACCAGCCGUUCCUGUCCAGUUGUAGAACGAAACGAGUUUCCCAUCUUCGUCAAAGGUAGCCCGAGAUUGUUCUUCUAUUACACGGAAUAUCGCCUCGAUAGCGCUGAACCCUGUAUCCCUGCGUCAGAUCAGCGGAAACCGUAGCGGCUCAACCGACAUUCUUCGUCCAUGAAUGUUGAGUCACGGGUGCCCUCGUAAUACUGCCGCGAAAGCUUCAGAAAGCCGGCCAGGGAGUCUAGCUCAUACUGCACAGCGCUGAGUUGGCAGGAUCAACACAGAGAGCGGAAUAGGCAGUACUUUGCAUUCGAACACGACGUUGUCAUCGAUGGGCCUGUGCACGUCUUCAGUUCUGCGCACAUCGCUUAACCGACGGAAGAAGCGCACGGAUUAACAACCACAUGGUCUGCCCAGUCGUUAUGGCUGGGCGAAAGCCCUGUCUGAGUAGGCGGUUGGAAAGCCCCACCUGUCCACAAUCAGGGGCAGACAAGAGACGUAGGGAGGCACACGACAAUAAGGGAACUGAGAAAUGAAGCCAGCUUCGGUGUUGAUCACCGCGCGGACCAGAGCAGCCAAGUCGUCGUCUGAGGACAAGAGGGUUCGAUAUUGAGAAAACUGUCACUAGUGAACCAGUCGUUCUUGCAGCGAGUUGUCAGACCAACCUGGUUGGCCGUGUCUCUCAACCACUGAGCACUUGAAGAAGAUGCGUAUGAGAUCGCUAAUCGAGAAGCAGGUCAAGACGGGCGAACGUGAUAUCCUGGAAUGGUGGAUAAGAUGCGAGGUGUAGGUGGAAUGGGCAUAAUCACCCCAGUGAUGAUGAAUGCAAUGUUCUCCGACUGAAAGGUGAUGCAUGAGCAGGACAUGGAAAAGAUGUUGCAGACGACGGACCUUGUUGAAAUAUUUCACGGUCGUGUCUGCGCGCGUCAACGAAACAUUUAUGACGAUGCCCCAAAGGCCUUACCAAGCGUAUUCGCAAAAGUGUUUUCGAAUAGUCUAGCAAGGUCCGGAUCUCUCAAGAGCAGGUUCAUAUCUUCUAUCACGCGCUGGGUCGAAUGAGAAGGGA